GAUCGCCUGAUCGUUAAUGACGUCAUCCAGGAUCUAAGCGUACAGUAGUAGCACAGCUGAGAACACGGGCAUACGCACGUGCAAUCUGGCGGUAAUGGAGGUGGCUGGGAUAGAGGAUACGAUAGCCGGGGUGUGGGCCCUGUAUAGGAACGAGAAUCUGGACGGAUACCUGAAGGAGUGCGGCGUGAACUUCAUCCUUCGGAAGCUUGCCCAAGCCGCUAGUUUGUACGUUACUAUGGUGAUAUCUAUGGAGGAUGGACAACUGAGGAUACAAAACAAAGGUCCCAAAAACACAGACCACAAGGCGCCCCUGGGCACGGAAAUCUUCAUCACGGACCUAAUGCAUAACCCAAUGAAGGAGGUACACACGUGGGACAAAAAUCAGCUGGUCACGGUUUCUGAGCCGACCCCAGGCUCCAAGGCGCUGCCAACCCGCGUCAUCCGGGAACUUGUGGAGGGUCAGCUGGUCAUGACUCUAAUAGUGAAUGACGUUGUCUGUAAAAUGUUUUACAAACGGAAGAGCUGACGAAUAUCCUGGACAAUUAGACACACAUAAAUUGUGAACAGACAGAAAUUCGAGCAUGGAUUUAUUGGUGUGCGUCGGCCAUGCUUGGCGACCCGCUAUUGUGUUGUGAUAAAUGUGCGGGUAUCCAUAACUGUUGACCUUGGUGUGUACCCGUGUCCUUGACGUGUCUCAUUAUACAAGUACUGGUACAGUACAAGUACUGCUGUAACAUAUACGGUGGAAUAUAAUACACAGUGUCUUAGUCUGCAAAAUUCUUAUACAUUUUCAUGGAAUCAAAGAUGAAGUAAAAGGAAAUUUAUCAUAUGCAUUAAAUAUGUGUUGAUGAUGCUGUGUUAGUAAAAUGGAAUGCAUUCGG